GAUUGUGGGUAAUUGGCUCCCAACAGCAAGAGGAUACAGAGGAGAUCUGAACCGCAGAGAAGGAGAAAAAAGCAGAGGAAUUCCCUCACUUCAGAUGAGAUUAGGGAGAUGUGUAGAAUCCGGGAAACAGUGCAAAACUGUGUAGAAAAAUACAACCCCAAUAAGGCGGCAGCAGUGUGAGCCAUGAAUCUGUUUAAUUACAACGCAAUGUCACAUUUCUGCAAAAUCCGCAGAGGGAGGCAAAAGCAAGUGUCAUGCCUUGUUAAAGUUCCACAAAAAGCAAACAAUUCCACUGAGCCAACGGAGAGCAGAGCCUCCGUUAGUGACGGUGAAGGUCGUCCUGCACAAUGACCCUUCUCUCUCGUGUCUCCUCCACACCAGCCAUGAAGGUUUCCAAAUGAAAUCUGCUUUGCUAUACAAGUGCUUUGGAUUACAAGCAGGUUUCUGGAACGAAUUAUGCUCACAAGCCAAAGUUUUACUGUAUCCUGCAUGCGUUUGUGGGACAAGACUAGUAAAUAUUUCUUGUAUGAAUUAUUAAUUCUUUGUUAUAUAAGAGGGAGGACUAAACUCUAUCCCAGAGGUAAAAAGGAUGCACCUUGAUGUCUUUCUGUAAAAGAAAUUCUGAUUUCUUUUCUAUCGUUGGUGAGGCUAUGAUUUAGAAUUACUAACCCUGGGAGGCUAUGAUUUAGUACUACUCUGCCUGGCACCUUUUUCAUGUAUAAAAAGCACCCUUGAGGCACCAUGCCACCUACUGGAAACUAUUUAAAAAAAAAAACCUCUCCCAAUUGCGAAAAACAACAAUUAAGAUACGAGUGGUGUUUUAUUACAGAUUAGCAUGGGAGAGACUGAAACGACACCAAGCCCUAUAAAAGGCUGUGGUCCUGAGCUCUGCAGAAGGUGGCUUGGCUCUCGGUAGGGUGCUGGGCUGUGCCGUGGCUAUGUCUUUCCGAUUUCCCAAUGGGUCCAGGAGGAUCUGCUCCCAAGCUGGCCCUGCCCGGCUGUCCAGGGUGGGCUCUGGCUUGAGGGCUGGGAGCGCAUGCGUCACCCCGGGAGCAGAAGGCAGCUUUGCUUGCACCCUUGAGGGUGUCUCUCCUGGAGGAAACUCCUGCCACGGUGGCGGAGGGUCUGGAGGUGGCAUCUGCACUGGUUUUCUGGGAAGUGAGCAGGGCCUCCUGUCCGGCAACGAGAAGGUGACCAUGCAGAACCUCAAUGACCGCCUGGCCUCCUACCUGGCUCAUGUGCACGCCCUGGAGGAGGCCAACGCCGACCUGGAGGUGAAGAUCGCGGGCUGGUAUGACAGGUACGGGCCGGAGCGGUUCCCGGGGCUCGGUCACGACUACAGCAGGUAUUUCUCAGCCAUCGAGGAUCUGAAAAAACAGAUUAUUUCUGUGACCGCCUGUAACGCCAGCAUUGUUCUCCAAAACGACAACGCCAGGCUGACUGCUGAAGACUUCAAGCUGAAAUACGAAAACGAGCUCGGUUUGCACCGGAUCAUGGGGGCCGACACCGGCAGUCUUCGCAGGGCGCUGGAGGAGCUGAGCCUGUGUAUCACCGACCUGGAGGUGCAGCGUGAGAGCCUCGGGGAGGAGCUGACCUCCCUCCAGAAGAACCACGAGGAGGAAACCAAAGCCCUGCAGUGCGCAUCAGGAGGCAACGUGAACGUGGAGGUGAACGCAGCGCCCGGCGUGGACCUCACGGCUCUGCUGAACAACAUGCGGGCCGAGUACGAGGACCUGGCCGAGCAGAACCGCCGGGACGCCGAGGCCUGCUUCCACGAGAAGGUACAGCCGAGGCCAGUCACAGGAGGGCCUUGUCCCCGGGUGGCCGCGCGGGUGCCGGACCUGCGGACAAUGCCGUUUCAGAGUGCGUGUCUGCAGCAACAGAUUUUGGAUGACGCCGGUGCAGCGACAGCAGCGCGAAAUCAGCUGAUGGAACAGAAGCGCAGUCUGCAAACCCUGGAGAUAGAACUCCAGUCCCUCCUUGCCAUGAAACAGUCCUACGGCCACGCCUUGGCUGAGGUGGAAGGGAAUUACUGCGUUCAACUCCAGCAAUUCCAGGAUCGGAUCGGGACGAUGGAGGAGCAAUUGCAACAGAUUCGGACGGAAACGGAAGGCCAGAAGCUAGAGUAUGAACAGCUGCUUGAUAUCAAAAUGAUCUUGGAAAAAGAAAUUGAAACCUACUGCAGCUUACUAGAUGGGGAAGAAGGCAGAAACAAAUCCAUGUGUUACAAAUCUAAAGGACCCAGGCUUGUAAAUUCUGGAAAUCAAGUCAAAGACUUAACAGAAGAAACCUUUGUCAAAGCCAUGGUGGAAGAACUAGACCAGCUUGGCAACGUCCUCUCCCUGAGAGUCCACUCGAUUGAAGAAAAAUCCUCUAAAAUAAGCAACAUCACCAUGGAGCAGAGAGUGCCUGCUAAAGCCCCAUAAGAAGGGAAGAGUUAUUGACGAACAAACACCUGCCUUUGCAAAAUCCCAUUGGUCCAAUAACCCCCAAUAGCUGUCCCUUAGAGUUGUCUUAAAAUUUGGUUUCUUUUUUCUUCCUUUCUCGUUUUUUUUUCUUCGUGUAAUUCUUUUCAAAAGAAGAAAAAAAAUCCUGCUCUCUCCCUAGUUUCAUCUUAUUUUCAGGGGUCUUUUGCCGUCUCAUUACAAAUUCUUCUGUUGCAAGGGUUUUUGUCUAUAAAAUUUGUCUUUUUUAACUUCCACAGCUGAGCCUCACGUACACAGCACUAAGGACAUGCUAAUAAAAUAAUGAGCUUCGCGUCACAGACACAUUUACCUCCAUUAGUAGCAGG